AUGCCUCAAGGUCAUUAUUUGUUAAGUCCCAUCUGGCAUAGAUGUCUAGACUAUUACGAACUACAUCGAGGCAUCUAUGCAUCUGGAGUACCGUACCUAAUUGAUCUGUUCGCCAAAUAUGUGGGCCUAAGUCCAAAAAAACUUGAGUCAGGGUCGGAUUUAAUGCAAGGCGAGAAAGUGGGCGAUGCAGCGGGAGGUGAUAGCGCGGGGUUUGGCCCGUGGUCGGAGUGGGUGACAACGAAAAUUGAGGACCGUCUGAAGAGAAGUAGAAAGAGGGAAUGCCUGGAUCCAAGUUUGGGUUGCGAUGGCAUCAACGAAGAAGGCACCUACACCAAUUUGAAUUACGGAAGAUUUAUUAGUUGAAAAAUAAACACUCAAUAAAUUAUUUUCUUAAAUUUGUUUUAUUUUUCUUUAGCGAAUAAUACUCUAAAAUUAUGGAUGUUAUUUAAAUGGUGAAGUGGUCAUUGGUCAAGUCUCUUAAAGAUUCUUUUUCGUUUUUUAGUUAUUUUAAUAAGUUGUCUUUGAAAUGCAGUGAAUCGAACUUAUACUAACGAAAA